UGAUCAUUUUAGCCCAACACGUUUAAAUCGUUCUGUAAAGGUUUGCAAAGUGAAAUGCCUUCCAGUAAUUUUAUAAUUGACAUCGUGGUCACGAGCCUUAAUGUGCCCGGCGUGGUUAUCGAUGAACCACAAAAACUCAUAGUAGAAGCAAGAGUUGUUGGCAAAGGCAUUUUUAUUACCUCAAGUCGUAUAAAUGUGACCGAUUUUAAGGCUGGUGGUGGCGUCGAACUAGUGCUAGAAUCCAGUGCGUUGCGCGAGAACCUCGAAAACAAUGGCCUGAUCAUUACAGUUCGUUACAAGGGCUUCACAAUGGGCGCCGGUACCAUAAUACUUCCUGAUGAAGUCAUUGAUACCAUAACAGACGACAUGAGCGACUUGAUACAUGCCGACAGUUGCGAACUGAUACGAGGAGGAAAAUUAGUAGGUACUAUAGAUAUUUUGUUCCGAAUGGUCAUCAAGUGCGAGGAAACAACGCAAGCAGUGGAACAUAAAGGAUUUCAUCCGAGCAUUGCCAGGAAUAUCAGUCCGCAGGAUAUAUUGUUUGUUGUAGGCGAACCAAAAGUCUGUCCUACACCGACCGACCCCUGCCCAGAUGUAUUAGAAUCUGAAGAGGGUGAUGAUCGCUUGUUUUUGGAUCUGCUAAGAUUCCGUAGUGUCAAUCAGCGCGUUACAACACAAACGAUUGAGGAUACGUAUAAAAAUCGAGCAUGUUGUGAACUAAAGAAACUGACUCUCGAGUAUGGUGACAUCAUCGAUAAAGUUGCGAAACAAGUAGGCAUUAGUCCCGAGCAGCCAUGUACCUAUGCACAAGACUUAGACAAGCAAUUAGAUAGCAGUCCCUGUCAGCCGUGCAAACAAAAAUUGCCGGAAAUACCCCACGAAAUUAAAGUUCCAUUCAAACCCUACACACCUGGCCCUGAUGCUCUGGCCGAAGGGUUUGCGUACGACAACGCAUAUCCCAUUCCCAUUGGGGAUGGACAUUUUCUAAAUCCCGAGACCCCUAAGCCAAUACGUUUUUGCCCCGUAUGCUUGAACAGCAUUUCUUGGCUGCCGAGAUACGCUGCAUGCCCCAAAUGUGGUGUAAAGCCGACACCCAUUUUCGACGAGAAAUUGGAGGAAAAACUGAAUGCAGAUGAGAUAUUAAAGGAGUGCUUAGGUGAACGUAAGGCCGUUGUUGACGACGACUACUGUGAAGAUCCCUGCACUAAGGCACUCAAAGACAAAGACAACUCCGAUAUUUCCUGCCGUUGCACUUGUAAGGGUCUUAAAUUUUGUGCCCACUGUCGCAUUCGCAAGCUUUGUUCCGAUAUAUUUCAUUCGCAUGAAAAGAAAACUGAAGAAUGUCCAGAAGUAGUGCCCAAGUCCAACGAGGAUUUUCGCAUUGUCAGCACCAAACCGCCAGAAUGCCGUCCCUAUCUUACACGCGUCUUUUCCGAGCUUUCUCAUCUCUAUGAUGUCAAGGAAACCAUGAAGAAGGAAUCUCAGCUUGCCCUUAAAUGCUCCCAACUAUUGGUAAAAUCCAAGGCGAAUAUGACAGCCGAAAAGCCUGAAAUGGAAGCCAAAGAACCAACAGCAGGCAUUAUGGAGCGGAUCUAUCCGGGAAAUAAAAUUGGCCACAAGAAUUGCCUUAAUCUGCCCGGAAUAGUUCCACGCCACCACGGCUGGGCAUGGGCGUCAAGUAAAGAGGCACGAAAACAUGGUUGGAGGCCAGGAGCAAUACGAAGACCCAUUGAUGGCAUUAUGAAAUUCUUCCUAGCAAACUCAUCCGAGGAGAAUGCAUUCAACCAGUGCAAACGUUUGGCAGAAGCUCUAAAAGAGGAAGAACGUGAAAUGCCGGUAUUAACGGUCAAGAAAAAGAAUGGUGAAAUCUUCAUUACUUUACGCCCACUUGGAAGUUCAAAGCUAAACAUGAAGCCCAUUACGUUUAAGAUAGUAAAGAGCGAUCUAGCUGUGGCCCUGCGAGAAAUAAAGCGAAGGCUCAAGAGCAUGGGUUUCCCCAAGUGUACCUGCCACAAGACUCUGAUGCUAUGUGAGUGUCGGCACUACAUGGAGAAAAAGCAGAUCGAAAAGGUGCUGAGAAAACUCUGCGAAAACCACGGCAUGCCAAUGUGCGGAGAUAAACUGAUACUUACCGAUACCAGCGAAAGCGAAGUGGAGUUCGACGUAAGAGUGACACCACCAGCGGGCACGAAUAAGCCAUUGGCCGCACUUAAGCCACGCACCAUAAACCAUGGUACGCAAACCUCAAAGGCUGACCUUAAAGUGCAGCCCUUAUAUCCUAUGCCAUGGAAUCCGUAUUAUCGCACCUAUGAUUGCGCCGUGGGCGAUCGGUACACGGGCACAGCGUUUGGCGCACCCGGCGAGAAGGUGUUUGAGGAUGGUGCCUUUGGCUUCUUUGGUGGAGGACCACACGGAAAGACCAUAUGUCCAGGUGGCCGUCCGAAACUUCGAAGUAUUUGGGGUGCUGGAACUGGUGGGCCAAUGCGGCUCGGCAGUCGAGGUCCAACUGCUAUGAAGGGCUUCCCCGGUGGUGGCAAAACCGGACCAUAUGCAGAACCCAAAAAGGAAGGCGCCGGCAAACCUAUACCCGUGAAAAUGCCCGAGCGAUUCUUAAAGGCAGCAAAGGAGGCUGUUAAAGCGCAAGCCGAAGCAAAAAAAAAGGAAGAGGAGAAACGUAAGAGAGGUACAGACAUUAUGAAAUACUUGGAGUCGCAAGGUAAGGUGGGACCAGUUAAAGGACCCGACGGCCUAACUGAUGAGCAGCGCAGACGUCGCAAGUUGACUGAAACAGCCGUGCCGCCAUUAUGUGACGUAAAACGUCGUGGAAAGCCCUACGAUCCGUGCACGCCCAUAUGCUAUGAUGACUGUGGUAUGUCAUACGAUCCACGCUAUAUUUGCUAGAAAGCUAUUCAUAAUCAAUUUCGAAACCUGUAAAAUGCCAAAACAAAACCGUACAUAAUGAAAAACAUACCAAAUAAAAAGUGCCUAAUAUUAACAUUUA